GCUGUGUUUCCGGUGUGGAUGCGGCCGCAGCUGUUUAUGGUUCCAAAAUGACCAAACUGCAGCUACUGAACGCCUACCUGACGGAGCGGCUGACGGUGGUGGUGAAGGAGAUCCUGGACGUGGUGGAGGACACGGUGACCGAGUACCGGGAGGAGACCGCCAGGACCAAGCGGGAGAACGAGAGCCUCCGGAGGCAGCUGCGGGACAUCCUGCUGCUGGAGGCCGAGACGGAGUGGCUGAGGUCGACCAGUUCCCGCCUUGGUUUUGCGGCUCCUGAUCAGCCUCCCUGUGAUCCGGAGCUGAGGCCCCGCUCUGAGGAGCCAGACUCCACCCUGAACCAGCCAAGACAGCCGCCACAUGAGCAGGUUGUUUCUGUGCAGUUGCUGUCGGUGCAGAGCCACCCGUCCCCGGGGCCGGUGCUCCUGCCGGCGGACGAGAAGCCUGUGGAGGCCUGGGAGCCGGCGCUGAAGCCCGACCUUCAGAAGGAGGCGUUUGGGAAAGCUUUGCCUCUUCCUUCUCACUCCUCCCUGAGUCCUCCCUCCCUCCCCGCCCCUGUCCCCAAAGUCCACGUUGAAGUUCCCGCUCUGAGAGAGGAGCCCCGGCCCCCGGCCCCCUCUGCUCUCAUCAAGACUGAACCUGAGGAAUACAAAGUGACUGAACCUGAAGGUCUCACGGACUCUCUGACGGCGCCUCCUGUCACACAGGAGCAGUUCACAAACAGGGCGGAUGCGGUCAGGACGGUAGUUGUGCGUGCAGAGCGGCGUGAAGCUCACGCCAACAGGAAGUCCUCUCAGGAGAAGGUCACAGCCGACGAUGCCACCGCUGCCGCUUACGCCCCCGAGCUUAUCCACCGCUGCCCCCGCUGCGGUGAGACGUUCGGCCAGGCCAGCAGCCUCCGCCUGCACCUGGAGCAGAAGAGAAAGACGUACGCCUGCGAAUGGUGCUGCAAGUCCUUUGCGCAGUCAGCCGACCUGCGGCGUCACCUGCGCACGCACACCGGCGAGAGACCGCACCGCUGCACCUUCUGCUCCAAGAGCUUCAGCCAGAGAGGGAACCUGCGUCGACACCUGCGCAUCCACACAGGGGAGCGUCCGUACAGCUGCCCGUACUGCUGCCGCACCUUCAGCGACGGCGAUACCAUGAAGAAACACAAACGCACGCAUUCGGGAGAGAAACCGUACCGCUGCGCUCAGUGCUCCAAGACCUUCACCAGCGCCAGCGGCCUGCAGAUACACCUGAAGAAGGACAUGUGCUUCGUGGCGAAUGCCUGAUUGAGUUCACGCAUCAGAAUGUUUAUUUUAAUGAAAGAAUGAGCGCGUCACAAGCCAGGAGGAUGUGCAUUCAUACAAAUAUAUAAUAAAUAUGUAGUUUAUCAGUGUUAACAUCCAAAAUCUGAACGUCUUUACACAAUAAACUGCACAGUUAAAGCUGCUGCAGGUAACUUUUAUAAAGAUAACUUCUGUCCUGACAGUAGAACAUGAGACAGAUAAUCUGUGAAAGAAUCCGGUUCCUGUGGUUCCUGAACGAAAACAACCAAUCAGAGCAGAGAAACUGAGAGUGAGACUCUACAAUCAACUAUGUUUCAUGAACACUUUAUCUUUUAGAAGUGAUCAUUUUGCGUGUAAAGACGUAGAGAUGUUGCGAUAAACACAAGAAGCUGUUUGUUUACAACCUGCUGGCUCUGAUGUGGCUCCGUUGUUAUUCUUGCAGUAAAAACUGUGUUUGAACUCUGGAGGACGAGCAGCACCUGUCACCUGUGGGAACCGCGGCGGACAGCAACGACAAACGAGCUUUCACAUUCCCGCCGAGCGUCUUUAAGGUUCUCUGUGUUUCCUCGAACGGGACGGGGUGCAGUUUAUAGGCAGCUACACUUUAUCUUCUUAUUUAUUUAUUUAUUUAUUUUCUUUCAUCUCGGGAGUUUUCCUUCCUGGACGCUGAGGAUUCAUCAACAGAGAGACAAACACUCAGCACACGACAGUAACCGUGUUUCCACCCAUUUGAGUAAUUUGGCAAAAGAAAAUGUGAAAUAUAAUAUUUCUUGAUUCGAGCCAAACAUCUGAAACAUCUCCUGCCAGUUUUGGGUCAAUUGGACAAACAAUUUAGGAUUUAUACUCUGAUUUGUGUCGUUUUUGUUGCGCCCCCUGGUGGUGGAUUUGAAUGAACUUCUGAAGCUCAUUGGUCAGAAACUUUACAACUAAAUAAGAUAUCAAUAAGCCUUAUUACAUCUUAGGGCUGGGCGAUAUGGCUUAAAAAUAAAAUCUCAGAUUUUUUCACACCAAACCCGAUUUACGAUUUUAAUCGAUUUUUUUGACUGUUUUUUUAGCAGGUGUUUGUGGGCUGCGGUCCUGUAUAUCUCGCAGAGAGCAACAUUUCUCCCACUCGGCUGCAUGCCUCUGCUUGAGGUGCUGGAAUAAAUUGGUCGUACUAUUACCUUUGGUUGCAACAGCUUUCAAACAAACUUUGCAGUGGGUCGUGGUUUGUUCGCUGUCGGACGCCACAAAACCAAACCAGUUCCAAACAACCGACGACACUGUGCCUUUUUUGGGGACGAGCUCAUCCUGGCUUGCUGCCAUGUUGUGUUUAUCUGUGGAGAGGCGGGGGGAGGGGUCAGCGCACUCUGACCUACGGGAGCCCAAAGGGAGCGCCGGUGUUGUGGAAGUUCAAGAGAAAAGAGAUUUUAACUAAAAAUAAGUCGUGUUUAACAACAAAUUUGAGUUAAUGGACAAAAUUGAUUUAUCGCCCAGCCCUAUUACAUCUGUUGAUCAGCUUCAUCCGAUGAUGAUCUGCAGAAGAUCUGGUAGCGAUCUGACCGACGGUUCAAAAAUGUUUUUCAAAAAAUGUAAAAUGGGGAAAAUAUAACCUAGUGGACUUUUAUGGUCCAAGAGGAGUUUUUGUUGAGCACAUUGAGCUGGACUCGUGUGUCCAAUCUCAAGUCAGUCAGAGGGGAGGGGCAUAGUGCCACCAUCUGGCCAAAGUGUCUUUUUCUAGCUCAUUCCUGGGCUGGAAUUUGAGCUUCUUUGGCAGACUAAUGAUAAUAAUAAUAAUAAUAAUAAUAAUAAUAAUAACAACGGCUUGUUUCUAUCUGACUACCGUUAUGUGAAUAUUAGGAGUUAGUAAUAAGCAGUCAGGAAACCAGAAGAAGAGAUUGCAACAAGAUGAUGUCAUUAAAAGAGUGGCAGUGGAGGUUCAUGUUUUAAUGUGAGGAAGUUUUCAGUGAGUUCAGUGUUCGCUACGUCAUUCAGAAACAGUGUCCAUCUCCCGUCAGCAGCAUUUACUCUUUUUCUAAAAAACACCUUGAAAGAGUGAAAAAUGAAGGCAAAUUUAGCUGUUUCCAUCAAACUUUUCUAAUAAGAUUCUUCUAAACACAUUGAUGGAAACAGUGAGGAGAAUCGGGGACGAGGACUUGGAGAAAUACUGCGAGGAAUUCAAAAUCGUAUUCCUUUUGCACUUUGCCUGAAAUGAGAAACGUGUUGCUGAACUGGCUCUGAAGUCCUCGAACCUCCUGCAGGUCAAAGCUUCAAUCACAGAUUCUGGAGGACUCUUCAGCAGAAAUCAAUAAGUUAUCAAUACCUUAUCAAUACUGUCAUAUGACUGAUAUUCUAGUUCAGUCUCAUUCUUACUGGGGAUGCACCAUAUGGAUCUAUUUCAGCUGAUAAUUUCACAUUUUAUUCAGUCUGGAACAAGAAAAAUGUAAUAAAAAAAAAAUCCAAUUAUUGGCUGAUUAUUUAUCAGUCCUGAUAUACGACGUGCAUCCCUGAUUGUUGUCUCCUGAAACGUCACUAAAAUAGAUAAUUUAAUUACCGUAAUAACUCCACAUUUCACUGAGUCACCAGUUUAUCAGGAACAGAUGAGCGUUUAUCGGUAGUAGUGGGAAACUGAUGGAAAAGUAUUUGUGAUCUUGUGAAUAAUAAAUAUUUCACUCAGCAAAGGGUCCAUUUACUAGCUGUUCUGGAGCUUUCCAUCAUAUGACAAAGUCUUCCUCUGCAGUCAGUUAAUGUGGACCUUUAAGCGAACAGAAGUUCUUCAGGUUGCUCAGAAAAUAAAGAAACUAUGUUCAUCAGCAGAAGAAGCUGCGGCUGAAAGCUCCAGAGCAGCCACUAAAUGAACUUUAUUAAGACGUCUGUUAGUCGCUCUGUUCCUGAUAAAGCGAUGACUCAGUUCGUGGACGCUGUUUUAAACUUCAGGUGUUUGAGCUCGUCGGAUCAAUAACGGUUGUGUCACUUCCUGUCCAGGUGACGGGUGUUGGGACUGCUCGCUGCAAUACUGAAUAUAGAAUAAUAUUUAUUUUCUUUUAUCAGUGUUAGAAGGCUUCAAUCUCUCUCAUAUGAUCAUACUUUUGGAGGCAGCUGACUGUGAGGCAUGAUGGGAAACUGAGUGCAGGUUUGUGAGCAGAGUCUCUGUGAUUAUCAGUAUUUUGUAUUGAUGUGAAACAUCUUGGUUUUUUUUUUUAGGCAAAAUAAAUGUUCAGUGAAACUGUCAA